UGUUACUGUCAUUUGCAUUGAUCGAAAUGAAAUACUAAGAUAUAAGGAUACAAAUAUUACAAUUAUUCUUUAUAAUAAUAGAAUUUUUAUUCUUCGUAUUAGUGUUAUGAUUUAUGUAUCCUACAGUAAAUUUUGAAUAAAAUGACAAUCCACAAUCUUUAUAUUUUUGAUCGUUAUGGAACUUUACUGUAUUAUGGGGAAUGGAACAGAUCAAAGCAGUCUGGUAUGUCUCGGGAAGAGGAAGGAAAACUCAUGUACGGAAUGUUAUUUUCGAUCAAGUCAUUUGUCAGUAAAAUAUCACCAUUAGAUCCCAAAGAUGGAUUUCUAAACUACAAAACAUCAAAGUACACCCUGCACUGUUUAGAAACACCUUCUGGACUUAAGUUUGUAAUGAACACAGAUAACCAAGCUCAGGGUGUUAGGGAUCUGUUAAAGAAGAUUUAUGGAGAGAUUUAUGUUAAAUAUGCUGUAAGAAAUCCACUUUGUGGUAUCGGAGAACCAAUUACUAGUGAAUUAUUUAAAAGCAAGUUGGAUUCAUUUAUUAAACAGACUCCUAUACAUGCUGUUAGGGCUUCAUGAUAAAGAUUAAUUUUAUGAAUCUUGAUUUAAAAUAUUGCCAACAUUUCCUGACAGCUGAAUUUGUAGAUGGGUCUAUUUUAUUAGCAUCAAACAUACUUUUAUGUUAAGUAUUAUUAAAUGUAUAUCAUACUACCAAUAAUGAAUAAUUUCUUAUUAGACAAGCUUAUCCAAGUGUAGGGCCAAAGCUGGAGAUCGACAUUAGCUAGGCAAUGAUGAUAAGAAGGGGCAAUUUUUAUCUCCAUUUAAUUUAAUAUUGCGAAUGUUUUUGGUUCAUCUUAAUUGGUAUUGUGUUCAU